CAUCUUCGAUCAACGUAAUUCGCGUUCGAUUGUAGCGCCAUACAUAUAAGAAUGGAGAACGUGUGUGAUUAUCGUGCAUCCAAUUGCGGUUAACUUUCAAGCUCUUUUCACGCGUCCAUCAUGGCAUCCACUGAAGAACUGAGUGUCUCUGCCCUUGUAUACGAUUAUUUAUUGAAAAAAGACGCGUCACUGGCAAAGGUUUUUCAAAAGAAAACGAAAGCGCCCACAUUACCAAAAGGUGCACCAACAAUUCUUGAUGUAUACCAACAUUAUCAAAAAACAUCUCAGAAAAAAUUAAAUGUAAAAGCACAAGCUAAAGAUAGCAGUUCAGAUACAAGUUCAGAAAGUGAGGAAGAAACACCAAAAAAAAUUUCUCAAAUAAAUGGUAAAACUACAGUUAAUGCUGUAAUAAAUAAUAAAAAAAAUGAAUCUUCUUCAGAAGAUACCUCCAGCGAAAGUGAAAAAGCACUCAAAGUAGUUACAAAAGCUAAAACUGCUGUUAAAACAUCUAAAGCAUCACCUGUAAAGAAAAAAGAAAGUACAGAUGAAAGUUCUUCAGAAGAGGAAGAAGAGACACCAAAAACACAACCUAAAGCAGUAUCAACACCUAAAAUAUCUAAAGAGCAAAAAUCUUCAGAUGAUUCUGAUUCAGAAAGUGAAGAAGAAUCUAAAACAAACAUAACCGCAAAAACAAAUACAAAAUCAAUUAUAACAUCUAAGGCAAAGGUUGGAGCCAAUCAAAAGGAAUCUUCAAGUGAAGAUAGUAGUGAAAGUGAAGAUGAAAGUCCAGUUAAGCCAGUAUUAAAAAAAGCAACGCCUAUUUCACCAACAAAAACAAUAGCAAAAAAGGAAGAAUCUUCCAGUGAUGAUUCUGAUGAUUCGUCAGAAGAAGAAAAUGCUAAACCACAAUUACCAAUUAAACCUAAAUCAGUUAUAAAAUCUGCCAAUGUUACUAAACCACAAGAAUCAUCAAGUGAUGAUACUGAUGAUUCAUCAGAAGAAACAACUGUUGCAAAGACAUCAGGUAUUAUUUCUAAAUCUAAUCAAGAAAAGAAAAAACAAGAAAAAAAUGUUCAACAAAAGAAAGAAGCAAUAAAAGUUGGAAAACAAAAUAAAGGUUUAGUUACUAAAUCAACAGUAACAGUGACUAAAGAAGAAUCAUCAUCUAGUGAAGAAAGCAGUGAAGAAGAAGCUAAAAAAACUAACAUUCUUCAAUCAACAUCAGUUGCUACUAAAAAGGUUCCAUCUAAAAAGGAAGAAUCUUCUAGUGAAGAUAGUAGUGAAGAAGAACCACAAGUUAAAAAGGUCCAACCAGUAGCACCAUUUUCAUUCAUCACAAAAAAUGUUCCAGUUAAGAAAGAAGAGUCUUCUAGUGAAGAUAGCAGCGAAGAAGAACCACCAGCCAAAAAAGUUGCUGCUUCAGUAGCACCAAUAACACCAAAAAAAGUAUCUGUUAAGAACGAAGAAUCUUCUUCUAGUGAAGAUAGCAGUGAAGAAGAAGAACCAUCAACCAAAAAAUCUGUUUCUGCCAAAGUAACAUCAACUAAUACCGUAAUUAAGAAAACUGAAUCUUCUAGUGAAGAUUCUGAUGAUUCUGAUGAAAAUGAAAAAUCAGUUACAAAAUCAACAACAAAAUCAAUAGGAAAGAAAGAUGAGUCUAGUUCUGAAGAUUCAUCCGAAUCUGAAGAUGAAAAACCAGUACCUACCAAAACACCAGUACCUAUAAAAACAAUUACGAAAACUGAUGCUAAAAAGGAAUCAUCCAGUGAAGAUUCUGAUUCAGAUUCAUCAGAAGAAGAAAAACCAAAAACAAUGCCUAUUGUUUCAAAAUCAAAAACAACAGAAAUUAAACAAGAUACAGAAGAAAAAUCACAAAAAACACCUAAAGCUGAAAAAAGGAAACAUAAAGAAAUAGAACAAGAAAAAGAUGAUGAGGAUACAGGAAAACCUCCAGUAAAAGCUCAAAAAAAUAACUAUAGUAAUUUUGUAAAGGCAAACAAUAGUUUUAAUAAUGACAAGCAACCAAAAAAUACUCCAUUUCGUCGUGUAAAGGACGAUGAGGUAGAAUUGGAUCCCAAAUUGGCAAACAAUUCUUUUGAGGCAAAGAAAGGUGCUCGUGGUUCUUGGGGAGAAAAAGCGAAUCAAGACCUCAAAUACACGAGAGGAAAGUCAUUUCGUCACGAAAAGACGAAGAAAAAACGUGGUAGCUACCGCGGCGGUCAAAUAGAUACUAGCGUCAAUUCUAUUAAGUUUGACGAUUGAAUAAACAUUAUAUUGUAAAAUAUAAAUGAACAUGUUUUAACAUUAGUAACGUAUAUUUAGUUAAGUGAACAGAUAGAAGAAUAUUAGAACUGUUUAAGUUUUCCUUAAUAAGACACUUUGUUAAUAUCUUUGAAAACACACAUUAACACUAUGUUACAAUCAUAGAAUAUAAAUUUUAUUCAUUUUAUUAUUACAUAAGUUAUUUUCACGUAGUUCUUUUUUAAUAAUUAGUAUCUAUAAGACUGCAAAUUAAAUAUAUUUGACGAAAAUCUCUACCACUUAUUUUAAUAUGAGGAGUAUAAUUUAUGAAAGAUACUUCGAUACUGACUAGCUUUUGAAAAAUUAAUGAAUGUUGUCUAUUGCAAUAUGUAACAUAUUUCAUAAAUUAUCCUUCCUAGAAUUCAUAGGAAAUUUGAUAGAUAUCAUUUAAAUUUGCUAAUUAAAACUUGUAAAAGAUGUUGCUUAAAGGAAUCCUAGCUUUACUUAUCGUCAAAUGUAUCUGGAAAAAAUUUUCUGAAGAUACAUUCUCAACGGUUUUCAAUAGAAAUGUGUUUUGACAUUGCUUUUUUAUAAUUAAUAAUAAGAACUUGCGAUAAUGUCAAAUCGUUCACAAUCAUAAUGAACUCUGGUCAAAAAUUCAAAUUAUAAAAUACUAAAUUUGCAAACUAAUGUUUAUAUGUAUAACAGCUAAUAUUUAAAGAAAUUUUAUAAUUAAUUUAUACACAAACAAUUCGAUAAAUCUAAUUGGCAAUCACUUUAAAUAAAAAAAAAAAACAAUAUCAACACGCAAUUUUGGGUAUUUGUUGAAUUCUCAUCAUUGUUCGUUUAAAAACACGUAUACCUUAUCAUACAUUAUCACGAAAUAAUUAAAAACAAUUUAUCUUUAUUAUAUUAUUAUUUUAAUCUUCGUAUCUGCGUAAAUAUUAUCUUGAUAUUUC